UCUUCGCAACUGUGCUCUUCUCCGUUUAUCCAGAAUGGACCGGCCCGGCAGCCCAAGGAUGUCCUGCGAGACAUGCAGCAAGGACUAAAAGACGUGGGUGCCAAUGUCCGUGCGGGGAUAAGCGGAUUCGGCGGAGGCGUCGUGGAAGGGGUCAAAGGCGGAGUGUCGGCCCUGACUCACACCGCUGUGGUCUCCAAGCCCAGAGAGUUUGCCAGUCUCAUCAGGAACAAAUUCGGCAGCGCGGACAACAUCGCCCACCUCAAGGACACGCUGGAGGACGGAGUCGGGGGCCACGCCGACGACACCCCCACGCCCCGCGCCCUCAGCGGAAGCGCCACUCUGGUGUCCAGCCCGAAGUACGGCAGCGACGACGAGUGCUCCAGCGCCACGUCCGGCUCGGCCCCGGGCAGCAACUCGGGCGGGGCGGGUGGAGGAGGAGGCGGCAUGUUGGGGCCCACGAUGGGGAGUCCCAGGCUGGAUGGUCACCACCACCACCACCAUCACGUGCACAGCUCGUGGGACUCUCUCUUGGAAGGCUUGCAGGAGAUCAAAGCUAGCCAGGCGCACAUGGAGGACACCAUCGAGGACAUGAAGGGCCAACUGCAGAGCGACUACUCCUACAUGACACAGUGCCUGCAAGAAGAGCGAUACAGGUACAGUAUACGCUCAACCCUUCCUUGCCCCCACCCAAAAAGUCUUCCAACCUCACUCCCAAGCCAUUAAACUCUUGAUGGAAAC